AGCUCAAAUAAGUUCCAGUCGUGAGGAAGAGAAAGUCAGACAGAGCGGUGAAAUGGCAGGAGUUCAGCUGCAGAGAGAAACCUUGUCUUGUUCCAUCUGUUUGGAUCUUCUGAAGGGUCCGUGGACUCUCACCUGUGGACACAGCUUCUGUAUGAACUGUAUUAAAAACCACUGGGACACAGAGGAUGUGAAGAGGAUCUACAGCUGCCCUCAGUGUAGAAAGAUCUUCACACCGAGGCCUAUACUGAUGAAAAACGUCAUGUUAGCAGAUUUAGUGGAGGAGCUGAAGAAGACUAGACUCCACGCUGCUCCUGCUCAUCACUGCUAUGCUGGAGCUGAAGAUGUGGCCUGUGAUUUCUGCACUGGCAGGAAACUGAAAGCUCUCAAGUCCUGUUUGGUUUGUUUGGCCUCUUACUGUGAGGAACAUCUCCAGCCUCAUCAUCAAUCACCUGCAUUUAAGAAACACAGGCUGGUGGAGCCGUCCAAGAACCUCCAGGAGAACAUCUGCCCUCGUCAUGAUAAGAUGAUGGACUUGUUCUGCCGCACUGAUCAGCAGUGCAUCUGUUCUCACUGCUCUGUGCACGAACAUAAAGACCACGACACGGUCUCAGCUGCAGCAGAGAGGACGCACAAGCAGAGAGACCUGGAUCUGAGUCGAGAAGAAGUCCAGCAGAGACUCAGGGACAGAGACAGAGACGUGAAGGUGCUUCAACAGGAGAGGAAGACUCUCACUCUCUCUGCUGAUAAAGCCAUGAAGGACACAGACGAGAGCUUCACUGAGAUGAUGGGUCUCCUGAAGAUUAGAAGCUCUGACAUGAAGCAGCAGAUCAGAUCCAAGCUGGAAACUGAGGUGAGACGAGUCACAGACGCCGAGAAGAAGCUUCAGCAGGAGAUCACUGAGCUGAAGAAGAGAGAAGCUGAACUGAAGCAGCUCUCACUCACACAAGACCACAACCAGUUUCUCCUCAACUACCGCUCACUGUCAGCACUCAGUCCGUCCACACACACGUCCAUCAACGUCCGUCCUCUGAGACACUUUGAGGACGUGAGAGCGGCUGUGGCAGAGGACAGAGAUCAACUGCAGGACUUCCUGAUCGAGACGUGGACAGACGUCUCACUGGCUGUGGCUGAAGUAGAUGUUUUACUGACAGAACCAGAACCAAAGACCAGAGCUGGAUUCUUCAGAUAUUCACAGGAAAUCAAACUGGAUCCAAACACAGCAAACACACAGCUGUUAUUAUCUGAGGGAAACAGAAAAGUGACAGUUAUGAUUGCAGCUGUGUAUUGUCCUCAUCACACAGACAGAUUCACUGGUUAUCGUCAGGUCCUGAGUGAAGAGAGUCUGACUGAACGUUGUUACUGGGAGGUGGAGAGGACAGGAAUAGGAGGACUUUUUGUAGCAGUAACGUACAAGAACAUCAGCAGAUCAGGUUCAGAUGAAUGUGUUUUUGGAUUCAAUGACAAAUCCUGGGCUUUAGUUUGUGAACAAAACAGAUGUCGGUUUGUUCACAACAGAAUCUGGACUGUUGUCUCAGGUGUUACAGUCUCCAGAGUGGGAGUUUACCUGGACCACAGAGCAGGUCUUCUGUCCUUCUACAGAGUCUCUGACACCAUGACUCUGCUCCACAGAGUCCAGACCACGUUCACUCAGCCUCUCUAUGCUGGGGUUGGUCUUAAUAAUUUACUUGGAGACACAGCAGAGUUCUGUAAACUCAAGUAAUCUGGAGUUCUUUUAGCAGCAUCGAUGAUUUAAGCUCUAUGUUAAAAUCUUGAACUCCUCCGCUCUCAACGUGACAACAACAUUAAUCAACUUUUGAAUUUAAAAGUGUGUGAGUGUGUUUAUGGACAAGUACAUAAGUACAGGAUAAAUAAAGAGUAAAAACUCGUAACCUCUCCAUGGUCGGCGACUCUCCGCUGCACAGGAAGUGCACGAGUCCAAGAGGAAGACGACGAUUUCACGCUGAUUUAUUACGAUUGAUUUUUACAUCACUGCUUCAUUUAUGUGAAAUAUAAAGUGUGUGAUGAUGGUUGUGUUUGUGCGUCACCACCACCAUGUACACAGGUGUUUGAUUCACGCUUAAGUGUAUUUGAUUCACGGUUAAGUGUUUUUGAUUCACACUUCAGUGUAUUUGAUUUAUGGUUAAGUGUGUUUGAUUCAUGCUUAAGUGUAUUUGAUUCACGGUUAAGUGUUUUUGAUUCAUGGUUAAGUGUGUUUGAUUCACGCUUAAGUGUAUUUGAUUCAUGGUUAAGUGUAUUUGAUUGAUGGUUAAGUGUAUUGAUUCAUGGUUAAGUGUAUUUGAUUCAUGGUUAAGUGUAUUGAUUCAUGGUUAAGUGUGUUUGAUUCGUGGUUAAGUGUAUUUGAUUGAUGGUUAAGUGUAUUGAUUCAUGGUUAAGUGUGUUUGAUUCACGGUUAAGUGUAUUUGAUUCACAGUUAAGUGUUUUUGAUUCAUAGUUAAGUGUGUUUGAUUCACGCUUAAGUGUAUUUGAUUCAUGGUUAAGUGUAUUGAUUCAUGUUUAAGUGUGUUUGAUUCAUGGUUAAGUGUAUUUGAUUCACGGUUAAGUGUUUUUGAUUCAUGGUUAAGUGUGUUUGAUUCAUGCUUAAGUGUAUUUGAUUCACGGUUAAGUGUUUUUGAUUCAUGGUUAAGUGUGUUUGAUUCACGCUUAAGUGUAUUUGAUUCACGGUUAAGUGUUUUUGAUUCAUGGUUAAGUGUGUUUGAUUCACGCUUAAGUGUAUUUGAUUCAUGGUUAAGUGUUUUUGAUUCAUGGUUAAGUGUAUUUGAUUCAUGGUUAAGUGUGUUUGAUUCAUGGUUAAGUAUAUUUGAUUUAUAGUUAAGUGUAUUUGA